AUGAUUUGGAUAUCAUAUAUACUUGCAAUUUUUAAAUCACCAGGAGGUCCACCAACAAAUUAUAAACCUAAACAAGGAGAAUGGAAAAGGUACUGUUCAAAAUGUAAAAAUUACAAACCACCCAGAGCUCAUCAUUGCUCCAAAUGUAAAAAGUGUAUAUUAUCAAUGGAUCAUCAUUGUCCUUGGACUUUAAAUUGUGUUGGUCAUGAAAAUUUACCACAUUUUAUGAGAUUUUUAGUUUGGGUUAUAAUUGGUACUUCAUUUUUAUUUGCUCAGCAAGUUAAUCGUAUAAUAGAAUAUUACAAUAAUUCAGAUUUACCAAUUUAUUUAAUCAAAAGAUCAGAAUUAGCAGCAGUUAUUGCAUUAACUCCAAUAAAUUUAUUUGUUUUAAUUAGUAUAAGUUUAUUAUUUAUAAGGUGUUUUAUUAAUAUCUGUAAAGGAAUGACUCAAAUUGAAAUAUGGGAAUGGGAUAGAAUUGAAAGUCAAUUUGAUAGUAAUAGAUUAUGGGAAUCAAUAAAAUUAAAUUAUAGAAAACUUCAUGAUAAAGAAUUACCAAAAUUAACAACUUGGACUAAUUAUAGAGAGGAACCAUUACAAACAGAAGAAUCAUCAAAUGAAGUACCUGAGAAUUUCACAAUUGAUGAUUUGAUUUUUCCUUAUGAUUAUGGAAUAUGGCAAAAUAUAACAAAAGCUUUAGGUGGGCCCUUCUUGUUUUUAUUACCAUGGUCAAAACCUUCAGAGAAUGGGCAUGAUUUGGAGCCAUCAAUAGAUUAUAAAGAGGAUGAUCAAUUAAAUUUACCUUGGCCUCCAGAUGGUGGUAAUCAUGAAAUUGAAGUUAAAACUCCAACAAAUGAAGAACUCAAAAAUAUAAAAAAUUACUCGAAAUUGAAAAAGAUACUAGAUCCAAGAACUGAAUCCAAAAGAAGUAAUUGGACUAAUGAUCAAGGUGAAAAAUUAGAUGAUUUUGGUGUUGACAUAGAUGAUUCUGAUGAUGAUAAAUUGUAA